UGGAGAUUACUGACAGUCUGCAGCAGGCACAUUAUAAGGACUCCAGCAGUGAUUGUCGCUCCGGAAUUUACGGUCCAAAUAUGUUACAAUGCUCCUGUGAACGUAGUUUUUUAAUGCGGGAUACACCUUUUUGCAUCUGACCUUUAUAGUGGACAGUUAUAUCUUGUUUUGUUUUUUUUAUCGGGCAGGGUGCAAUAACUUGCUUAAACUUUCUAGUUGAGGCUGUUUUCCCUAGUUAAAGCUGCACCUAGGUUAAAUCCCACCGGUUAAUCCACUUCAUUUUAACUUUGAAUCCCCGGCAUCAUGCUGUCCAGUGUGCGCCGGCACAGCCUCCGCCUGCAGACUGAGCUGCACCGGUGGAGCAUCUGCGACCCGGGCAGCCACCAGCUCACAGACAGCCUCCUGGCCCGGGUCCCCGGAUGCAUCUCCCGCUCCAAAUCCUGCACCAACUCCGCCAGGGAGUCGGACGGGAGUCGCCUGAGUUGGUCGUCCUCAGACUCGGUCAUCUCCACCGACUCCGCCGGGGAGUCUGCGGAACCGUGCAGCCCGUACCGAGUGGUGCUGUUAGGGGCCAGCGGGGUCGGCAAGACGGCCUUCGCGAACAUCUUCGCCGGAGCAGCGGACAGCAUGGACAGCGAUGACUACGAGCUGUGCGGAGAAGAGGUGUGUGAGAAGGAAAUUGAGGUAGAUGGAGAGCCUGCAAAUCUUACUCUUCUUGACACAUGGGAUACAGAGACUGACAGUGAACGUGCUCCGGAGCCCUGCAUGCACACAGGUGAUGCCUACCUGUUGCUGUACUCUGUGACUGACCGGGCCUCGUUCCUGAGAGCCUCUGAGCUCAGAACAACCCUGCGGUGCGUCCGUCCUGCUCAACACACACCGAUCAUCCUGGUGGGGAACAAAUGUGACCUGGUGCGACGCAGAGAGGUGUCUUUCAGUGAGGGUCGUGCCUGCGCUGCUGUCUUUGACUGCAAGUUUAUUGAAACCUCAGCCGCUAUGCAGCACAACGUGUGGGAGGCUUUUCAAGGCAUGGUACGACAGCUGCGUCUACGCCGAGAAUCCAAGGAAGCCAGCAAGCAUCGUAGACACAUAAACUGUAAUGCACGUCGAGAGAGCCUCCCUAAAAAGGCAAAACGCUACCUAGACAAGGUGGUAGCAAAGAACAAUCCCAGUGUGGCGUUAUGGCUAAAGUCUAAGUCCUGCCAUGACCUCUCGGUGAUGUAGGAGCCUGACAGACACUAUGGUUUAACUCUUCAUCAAACCUUUAAAGCAAAGUACAACCUGGAGAGCCGAAAAUGUGGAGGCCUCUCUCUGAAGGGGUAAAUGUUGAAUGGUUCAAUCCUCAGUAUUCAGACUGAGCCAGCCUGGUGUACGUGAGAGGCGUUUGCAACUUUUCUCCAAUGCAUCCACAUGCUGCUCCCUAAAGCAGACUGAGUGGAAUAGCACAGCCUUUGCAAUGGACUUGAUGCAAAGACUUCAUGUGUUUAUGAGGCAUCCAUUUUGGAGGAUAGAAAUCAACCGAUGGAGAAUGAUGUGAUGUUUCUGUGUUUUGAACAAACGCAUUCAUAUUAUCCGUUUCUCUCCAGACUUCUCUCUCUCCUCAUCCUUAUGCUCUCAUCCCUGCCAAACCUCUCGCCUGUCGUUCUGUCAAGGUGCUGAGAUUUGUAAGAUAUUGAUGAUUAAGUAUGAAGAUGAUCAUUUAGUGGUUUCUUUGAUUUAAUUUAUAAUGUGUUUUAUUUUUGACUUUGUUAUAAAUAACAGACUGAUGAUGUAUUUUGCUACUUGUAUGU